GACUGUUGGCAUUGCUCAUGGCUGUUCCACAGAGACGAAACACCGAGCAGCUGCUGCGUCACAUCGAGGAGUCUCAGCUAGGACACGGCUCUACGCUGCGGGGUCCUUUUGGCGCCAGACAAGUUGUGUACGCAGACUACACUGCAUCUGGAAAGUCUCUGGGGUUCAUAGAGGACUAUGUGAGAAGGGAGGUCCUUCCUCUCUAUGGCAACACACACUCUGCAUCCUCCUACACCUCCAGACAGACUGGCCACUUCAGAGAGGAGGCGAGGCUCAUUGUUAGAAAUGCGGUGAAUGCGUCAGAGAAAGAUGCAGUCAUCUUUGUAGGCAGUGGGUCCACUGGUGCAGUCCACAAACUGAUCCACUGUCUGGGACUUCGGAACAAGCCACACCCACCUCCCGUUGUGUUUGUGAGUCCAUUUGAACACCAUUCCAAUCUGUUGCCAUGGCGAGAUGUCGGGGCCGAGGUUGUGUGGCUGAAGGAGGACGCGGAAGGGAAUGUGGACAUUACGGACUUGGAACAGAAACUUCAGUUCUACAGCAAGAGUGGUAGACAGUUGAUAGGGUCUCUGAACGCAGCCUCCAACAUCAGUGGAGUCCUGACAGACACAGUCUCAUUCUCUGCUCUCCUCCACAAGUACAGAGCUCUCUCUCUCUGGGACUUUGCCUCUGCUGCUCCCUACGUCAAGAUUGACAUGAACCCUCUGGUUCUUGGCCAUGACAGAGAUCUGGUCUACAAAGACGCCAUCUUUUUCUCGGUCCACAAGUUUGUCGGAGGACCAGAGACCCCGGGAGUCCUGGUGGCAAAGAAACACCUCUUUCGCAACUCCACUCCCGGCCAGUGUGGCGGAGGAACUGUCUUUUUCGUGACACCGAGUGAUCACCGCUACUUCAAGGAGGCAGAGCUGCGAGAGGAAGGGGGGACUCCUGCAAUUGUGGGUCAAUCAGAGCUGGUCUGGUGGUGCAGCUGAAAGAGGCGGUGGGUAGUGAGGAGAUCAUUGUCAGGGAGAGAGAGACUGUGAGGAGGGUCCUCUUUGAAUGGAGCCAGGUCCCCCAGCUGAUUGUUGUUGGACCCCAUUCCAUUCCUCGUCUCCCGAUAUUCUCAUUCCUGGUACGGCAUGGGGACAGCGGACGCUACCUCCACCACAACUUUGUGUGUGCCGUUCUGAACGACGUGUUUGGAAUACAGACGAGAGGAGGCUGUUCAUGUGCCGGGCCUUACAGUCAGGCUCUGUUGGGUAUAAGUGAAGACCUGGCUCGGAGGUACGAGGCUCAAGUCAUGGAGGACAGUCGACUGGAUAGAACUCACCUGAGGAGAUACCACGAAUACUCCGAGAGAGAGAUCCUCAGACCCGGCGUCACACGACUGAGUCUCCCCUACUUCAUGAGCCGUGCCGCUGUUGAUUACAUCACCACCGCUGUUGCCAUGACAGCGAGACAUGCCUGGAAACUACUGCCACAAUAUCGGUUUAACCCGGAGACUGGGGUUUUCCGUCACCGUGACGACCACCCCUCCCAGCAUCGGCUGUGGCUCAGCUCCAUUUCCUAUGAGUCAGGGGUCAUGACCUUUCCCUCUCCUCCCUCUUCCUCCCCACCUUCACUACAGGAGGCACUGGAUGCAGCUGACAUGCAGUUCUCAUACGCUUCCUCAUACAGAGUGGAGCCCGGCUGCCAUGGCGACAGCUCCCUUUUUCUGGACCCAGAGGUCGAGAGGUUGCGAUGGUUUCUGUUGCCUAGCGAGGCCGCACGUCAUCUCGCCUCGUCUGCAGUGACCACACCCCCUGCCACACCUCCUUUCACUCCACGAAGAUAUCCUACAAAUAAAGAAGGAGUGGCUAAUGCAGGCAGUGUGACAAAACAAGAACAGUUGAAUGGAGAAUGUGUGACAACCAGUCCUGAUUCCAUUCCAACCCCCAACAGUGGACUGGAAUGGAGACUGAAAUUCCAUCUCCCUCCAAAGAACAUCAUGAAACCAACUAUCGAGGCAAUAGAUGAGUACCGAAUGAUCCGAGAUGGAGACAGAGUUCUCGUGUGUCUGUCGGGAGGAAAGGACUCUCUCUCUCUCCUCCACACCCUACGACAGUUCUGCUUCUUCUCCGCUGCCAGGGGAGUCAGGUUUACCCUGGGAGCCGUUACCGUGGAUCCAGGCUCCGCCUCCUACAAUCCCCGCCCACUUGUCCCCUACAUGGCAGCUCUCGGCUUCCCUUACUUCUUUGAGGAGCAAGGAAUUCUCCAGAAGGCGGUGUCUCUGGGCGACGACUGUACCUCCAUCUGCAGUUUCUGCUCCAGACUCAAGAGAGGCAGGCUCUACAGCGCCGCCAGAAGAGAAGGCUACAAUGUCUUGGCACUGGGUCAACACCUGGACGACCUGGCAGAGAGCUUUCUCAUGUCCCUCUUCCACAAUGGACUCCUGCAAACCAUGAAGGCUGCCUACACAGUCGAAGAGGGAGAUCUUCGAGUCAUUAGACCUUUUGUCUAUGUGCGAGAGGUUCACCUGAGAUCAUUUGCUGACUCCGCCCACCUGCCUGUCAUCACUGAGAACUGCCCCGCCUGUUUCGAGGCUCCAAAGGAGCGACACAGGGUGAAACAGCUGCUGGCGAGUCAGGAGGUCCUGUAUCCACGGCUGUUCCCCAGUCUGCAGACUGCACUUCGACCUCUCAUGGCCAGAGACAGAACCGGAAUGGAAUCACGCAAAAAGUCACCAACUGAGACACCAGUUGACACAGAUGCUUAAAAUGUCAUCAUUUUUUCAGUCAGAUAAUGCAACCUGCUUUUCUUUAUAAAUAUACCUUCUGUGCAAGCACAGGUAGGUUAUGAUGAUAUGUGAACAGCAACAUAGAAACAAGCGGAAGAGAAGGAAAUGUACAGUAUUUUGAACAAUGGUGAAUGACCUGCUUGACUGGUGAAAAAAACUGACAGACA